AUGUCCAAUGAGCUGGAUUUCAGAUCCGUGCGCCUGAUGAAGAAUGACACCAUGAGCUUCCAGAAAUUCCCCUACACCAGCGAGGAUGAGGCCUGGAAAACCUACCUGGAGAACCCCCUGACUGCAGCCACCAAGGCCAUGAUGAGGGUGAACGGGGACGACGACAGCGUGGCCGCCCUCAGCCUGCUCUACGACUACUACAUGGUGCCCAAGGAGAAGAGGAUCCUGCCAGCUGGGAUGGUGGCACGCAAUGACCUGGCAAAGAGGCACUGCCACGGGAUGGACUAUGAGCCUGAGCUGCCCUCCUUCGAUGGCUCAGCCCAUCUCAUGAAGCUGCUGUCAGAAAACGUCUCCAUGAGCCAGGAGUUCUGCGAGCCCCCCAAGAAGAACGGGCUGAGUCUCGAGGGUGUCCCUGCUCCUCACAAGGCAGCCCUGCUCCCUCCAGGCACCAGCAAGCUGGAACCCACCCCAGACAACUUCCUGGUGGCCCCUGGGGACGUGUAUGACAGCAGCUCCCUGAACUCCCUGUUUGAGAGCCUGCCCAUGGCCCCGGCCCAGCAGCGCUGGCAGCCCGACAGCACCUUCAAGGAGGACCCCCAGGAGACAUUGCUCUUCAGUGACAUCCUCAAACCCCAGCCAGAGCCACCCUGCCCCGAGAGUUACCCCUCAGAUGGAGUGAAGAGUGACUUUGAAUACACGCUGGGGUCACCCAAAGCCAUUCACAUCAAAUCUGGGGACUCUCCCAUGGCCUACCUCAACAAAGGACAGUUCUACCCCAUCACACUGCGGACAGCUGGAGACAGCAAAUGUUUGCACUUGUCCUCAAAUAAAGUGAAGAGCGUGGUGAUGAUUGUGUUUGACAAUGAGAAGAUCCCCACGGAGCAGCUGAAGUUCUGGAAGCACUGGCACUCCCGGCAGCCCACGGCCAAGCAGAGAGUCAUCGACGUGGCUGACUGCAAGGAGAACUUCAACACGGUGCAGAACAUCGAGGAGCUGGCCUACAACGCCCUGUCCUUCGUGUGGAACAUCCACGAGGAAGCCAAGGUGUUCAUCGGGGUGAACUGCCUGAGCACAGACUUCUCCUCCCAGAAGGGGGUGAAGGGGGUGCCCCUGAACCUGCAGAUCGACACCUACGACUGCGGCAGCGGCAGCAGCCAGCUGGUGCACAGGGCUGUGUGCCAGAUCAAGAUCUUCUGUGACAAGGGAGCAGAGAGGAAAAUGAGGGAUGAUGAAAGGAAACAGUUCAGAAGGAAAGGAAAAUGCCUGGACUCCAACAACAAUGGUCUCAAAGGCUGUUUGCUCUCUGGCUUCAGAGGGAACGAGAUCACCUUCCUGCGGCCCGAGAGCGACCUGGAGACGCAGCCCGUGCUCUUCAUCCCCAACGUGCAUUUCUCCGCCCCCCAGCGGUGUGGCUCGGUGCUCCCUCCUGCUGUUCCCAACUCUGCAAACAGGCUGCCCCUCAAGCGGAGCGGGGCCUCCUUCGGUGACGACUUUGAGGCGGUGCCCCCAAAGCACAGCAAGGACGAGGAUCCCCAGAGAGUGCUGCUCUACGUGCGCAGGGAGGCCGAGGAGGUGUUUGAUGCUCUCAUGUUGAAGACCCCGGACCUGCAGGGCCUCAGGACAGCUAUUUCAGAAAAAUAUGGGCUUCCUGAAGAAAGCAUUUACAAAGUCUACAAAAAGUGCAAAAGAGGGAUCCUGGUGAACAUGGACAACAACAUCAUCCAGCACUACAGCAACCACAUGGCCUUUCUGCUGGACAUGGUAGAGGCAGAGAACAAGUUCCAGAUCAUCCUCAAAGAGCUCUAA